UAUAAGACGUUGGGAUCAUCAAAUUAGAAUCACUUUAGUCGUUGUUUUGAAAGAAGUCACACGGAGCCAAGGGCCGUCAGUUGUAUUGCGAAAUUUUUCAGUGUCUCGUUCAUUAAAAUAAAACUCAGCCAAAAUGUGUGAUGAAGAAGCAUCAGCUUUAGUCGUUGAUAAUGGAUCUGGUAUGUGCAAAGCUGGCUUUGCUGGUGAUGAUGCACCACGUGCUGUCUUUCCCUCAAUUGUUGGUCGCCCACGUCAUCAAGGUGUAAUGGUUGGUAUGGGUCAAAAAGAUUCAUAUGUUGGCGAUGAAGCACAAAGCAAACGUGGUAUUCUCACUUUGAAAUAUCCAAUUGAGCACGGCAUUAUCACCAAUUGGGAUGAUAUGGAAAAAGUAUGGCAUCAUACAUUCUAUAAUGAAUUGCGUGUUGCACCUGAAGAACACCCAGUACUUCUGACUGAAGCUCCAUUGAAUCCUAAAGCCAAUCGCGAGAAAAUGACACAAAUUAUGUUUGAAACCUUCAACUCACCUGCCAUGUAUGUUGCCAUUCAAGCUGUACUCUCUUUGUACGCUUCUGGCCGUACGACUGGUAUUGUCUUAGACUCUGGUGAUGGUGUUUCACAUACCGUACCCAUCUAUGAAGGUUAUGCUUUGCCACAUGCUAUACUCCGUUUGGAUUUAGCUGGUCGUGAUUUGACUGAUUACUUGAUGAAGAUCUUGACUGAAAGAGGUUAUUCCUUCACCACAACCGCUGAACGUGAAAUUGUACGCGACAUUAAGGAAAAAUUAUGCUAUGUUGCGCUUGACUUUGAGCAAGAAAUGGCUACUGCUGCUGCCUCUACAUCUUUAGAGAAAUCGUAUGAAUUGCCUGAUGGUCAAGUUAUUACCAUUGGCAAUGAACGUUUCCGUACACCAGAAGCACUUUUCCAACCUUCAUUCUUGGGCAUGGAAUCAUGCGGUAUACACGAGACUGUCUACCAAUCAAUCAUGAAGUGCGAUGUUGAUAUCAGAAAGGACUUGUAUGCUAACAAUGUAUUGUCCGGUGGCACCACAAUGUAUCCCGGUAUUGCUGAUCGGAUGCAAAAGGAAAUUACUGCCCUUGCACCAUCAACUAUUAAAAUCAAAAUCAUUGCUCCACCAGAAAGAAAAUACUCAGUCUGGAUCGGUGGUUCUAUUUUGGCUUCACUUUCCACCUUCCAACAGAUGUGGAUCUCCAAACAAGAAUAUGACGAAUCAGGCCCUGGUAUUGUGCACCGCAAAUGCUUCUAAGUGCAUACACCAACUGAAAAUUCGUUACUGCUUGGUCAACUCCUCUCUCUUCUUCUCUAAUAAUGCUAAUAAAAAUGACAAAGCAUUG